GCCCCGCCCUGCGCAUAAAAGGCGGCUGCGCAACCUCCGUCGCUCUUCUCCCGCGUCAAUCGGAGCAUCUGUUGUGUGACACAUCACCGGAGCACCACUGUUAAGAAUCAUGGCUGAGCUCAAGGAACGUACCUUCAUUGCCAUCAAGCCCGACGGUGUGCAGAGGGGCAUCAUUGGAGAGAUCAUCAAAAGGUUCGAGAUGAAGGGCUUCAAACUUGUGGGCAUGAAAAUGAUCCAGGCUUCCGAGGACCUUCUGAUGCAGCACUACAUCGACUUGAAGGACAGACCAUUCUUCCCUACCCUCAUCAACUAUAUGAGUUCUGGUCCAGUGGUUGCCAUGGUGUGGGAAGGAAAAGGUGUGGUGAAGACGGGCAGGGUAAUGCUGGGUGAGACCAACCCUGCAGAGUCCAAGCCCGGAACCAUCAGAGGAGACUUCUGCAUUGAUGUUAGCAAAAAUAUCAUCCAUGGCAGUGACUCAGUGGACAGUGCCAACAAAGAAAUUUCCCUGUGGUUCAAAGACGACGAGCUGGCCAGCUACACUAGCUGUGCCUUCAGCUGGCUCUACUGAGCUGCUCCAGGUGCUGCCACAGCUCUCACACACUAGUUGGAGACUAGUGAAAUACUUGCCU